CAAUCGAAUACACCCCGAAAAUGUAGCAGGGUUGAUAUCCCUUGAGCACUAUAUAUUUGGAGAGAGUCAAAAGCUAGAUUGUCUGUUGACCUCAUUCUCUUUGAUAAUAGAAUAAUACUUCCAGAUACUUCCGUGAAAGCCACCAUGACUGAAUAUCCAAUUCUUGUUGGUUUACUUUGCUUUUUAGUGGGUCUGAUCUUCAACCAUCAUUUGCCUUUGUUCAUAGCCAAGCUUAAAGGACAUGUCCUUCCUAAAGGGAGUUUUAGUUGGCCUUUAAUCGGUGAAACCCUCUCUUUACUUAAACCCCAUCCUUCAAAUGCUUCAGGCUUCUAUUUUCAGCACCAUUCCUCUAGGUACGGAAAGGUGUUCAGGUCCCAUCUAUUCUUUACCCCCACAAUAGUUUCUUGUGACCAAGAAUUGAAUCAUUUCAUUCUACAAAAUGAGGGGAAGUUAUUUCAGGCCAGCUUUCCAAGGACCUUCUAUGGAAUUCUUGGGAAAUACUCAGUGGCACUUGCAGUGGGUGACGCCCACAAGAGGCUUAGGGGUGCCUUCCUCUCUCUUGUCACUCCCCUUAAAGCAAAUCCUUAUUUUCUUAAAGACCUUGAGUCUUUUGCAAUUCAGAUUCUGGAUUCUUGGAAAAACAAAAAACAAGUCCGGUUCUGUGAAGAAGCAAGAAAGUAUACUUUCUUUGUAAUGGUGAAGCAGGUGCUAGGUUUGUCACCAGAUGACCCUCGAACAACAAGAAUACUUACAGAUUUCCAUCCUAUAUUGAGAGGACUCAUUUCGGUUCCCAUUAACAUUCCUGGGACCCCUUAUGCGAGAGCUGUUAAGGGUAGAAGAAGAAUAUCAUCUAUCAUUAAAGCAACCAUAGAGGAAAGGACGAGGGAAAAGAGUGAAAAUCCAUUAUACGGCAAGAACGAUAUCUUGGGGAAACUGAUACAUCUUGAUGCCUUGUCUUUAGAUGAAAAAGUUAGUUUUGCCCUCGAUUGUCUUAUCAGUGGGUAUGAGACAACAUCUAAAAUAUUGUCAUUGCUGGUUCAUUUUCUUAGUCAGUCCCCUGCCGCACUUGAAAAAUUAAAGGUGGAGCAUAGGAACAUAAGAAGCAUAAAGAAAGAUAACAUUUCUCUCACUUUGGAAGACGUAAAGAAAAUGGAAUUCACCCAAAAUGUCAUCAAUGAAACUAUAAGAUACGGGAACACUGUCCAGUACUUAAACCGAAAAGCUCUCAGUGAUGUACGCUUUAAAGAUUAUGUAAUACCAUCAGGUUGGCAGGUGCUGCCAGUGUUUAGCGCAGUACAUUUAGAUGACUCUCUCCAUGCAAAUGCCUCCCAAUUUGAUCCUUGGAGAUGGGAGGACCAAGAACAAAAAAGCAAAAACUUUUUCCCAUUUGGCGGAGGCGUGAGAUAUUGCCCAGGUUCUGAAGCUGGUAGGAUAGAACUUUCUGUGUUCCUCCACCAUCUUGUCCACAAUUUCAGGUGGGAAGCAAAAGAUGUUGAUCAGCCUAUUGCAUAUCCAUAUGUUGAUUUCCAGAAGGGCUUACCACUUGCAGUGGAAUCACUCAACAAAACUGACUAGCCACCGGUAAAUGGCUGAAUACCAUGAAAGCACUCUUAAUAGUUUGAGAGAUUUCAUUCAUUGAUAAUUUACAAAGUGCACUUGUUCUGAAUUAUGCUUCCUAAAUAUUUGCCCCUCGAAUUUUAUUUCUUUGAGUUGGUUAAGCCAACUACUUUUUAAUAAGUCUUCUUAUCUGUGUAAACAUAUGGAGACAAAAUUUCUAUAUGAUUUCUGUUUUAAAUCAGUGGAAUUCA